CUUUACUCGCCCAACGUAGUGUUUCCACCACCGCAGCCCCAUGCCGCUGCUGACACCAGAAAUCCUCAUCGCCGUGUCCGGGUCUCUGUCUGUAUGCGCAUGUCUUGGCAUGGUCGUGUGCUUCUUCUUCUUCGAAGAGUCGAGGCGGUGUGGUCGCCGUCUACUCUUCUGUCUCCAUCUCACAGACCUCGUCGGCUCCCUUGCUUGGCUUCUCACGCUUCUGCCGUGUAUUGCAGCUCCCUCUUUGCACUCAGCCACACCGCUGCUUUGCUUUCUCCAGGGGUAUGCCUUGCUCUUCUGCUCGUUGUCGUCGUACGUGUGGACGUCGUGCUUUGCUUUCCACCUGUACCAAAUCAUGUGGAAGCAAAACAAAACCCCAGAGAUGUACGAAGUCCGGUACUUGCUCCUGGCCUGGGGCCUUCCGUCGUUGAUUGUCAUGGCAUUUGGAGUGCAACAUGCUUGCGGUUUUGUACUUGUUGGCUUUGGUGGGUUGCCCUGGUGUUGGAUUCGGUCGUGGAGCCGAGGCCAAUGGUCUGCAGAUGGGUUUAUCCUUCAAAUGGUGUUCUUUUACACCCCGUUGGCCUGUGCGGCACUGUUCAACCUGACGAUGUUUGUAUUUUUGGCAUCUAAACUGGGCUCGGCCUCCGCAGUCAUGUCCACAACCAUGGAGGACAAGGUCCGUCGUCGUAUGAUGGCUUAUAUUGGGGUCUUUCUGCUGACAUCGGUGUGGGGGGCGCUCGGUCGGACGUUUCAAGUAGGAGCCGAUUUGAUCGUUGGGUAAAGUUCACCAUAUCUACUACUACUGUACCAGGUUAUAUCGCCAGGCCACGAAUUGAGCCCCGUGUUCUUGACCCUCACGGCUUUGUUCAGUCCGUUGCAGGGACUGCUAAAUUGCAUCGUCUAUGGUUUCAACAGCACGUUGCGAAGUCGGUUGUGGAGCAGUGCCCGCCACAGACUCAAGCGCACGGACCAAACGGUACCUCCAAUUGUUGGCGACCAACGAAGACCAUUAUUGAUUCGAAACCAAGUCAAGGCACACAGGUGAAGUGUGCUCGAAGCAGUUAAUUGUCAUUGUAGUGAAUAAUAAUUAAUUUUUUU